AUGAGUUCGAGAUUUGGUGGUCUUGAAUCAAUAAUUACUGGUUUAUGUGAUGAAUUUCCAAAUAUACUCGGACGUCAUCGAUCUUUAUUUGUAUUAGGUGUUCUUGUCAUAUGCUAUUUAGGUGCAUUGCCAACAUGUACGUAUGGAGGUGAUUAUAUUGUUAAUUUAAUGAAUGAAAUAGCUGUGGCUCCUGCUAUUCUUCUUGUCGUAUUUAUUGAAUGUAUUGCAGUUUCGUGGUUUUAUGGUAAAAUUAAAUUAUUAAAAUAA